UUAUUUUUUUGUACAUUCGUCUCAUUGCGUUCUCGCCUAUUUCUGCAAGAAUUGUGAGUAAUAUCGCAUCGGGCUUCUUAGACUCUACCGACAGGCUUCUCUGAUGCAGGGUGUGAAGGAUUGUGCUUGUUUAAACUCAAGCAAAGGGAAGCCGAUACCACGAGCCACAAGUCAUGCCUGAAGGAGUGUGUUGUGUGACCUCAUGGUGCAACCAUGACAAGAGCAGCGCUGAUUAAACUCCUCAUCCUCGUGAUCCUCGCCUUCAUCAUCUGCCUCCCAGAAUUCUUCACAUUGUACAGAGUAUCAAAAGUGAACUUCCUCUGCCUGCCCUACCGACCCUGUGAGCGAGGGAAUCGGCUGGAGAAGGGGGGAAAUGAAACGAGUGGUGAUGCUGAAAUUUGGAGAGAGGAUUUGUGUGACCCUCCGUGGACUCCAGGAAGUAGCAAGUGGGAGCAGGUCUGCACACGGGAGAAUCAAAGCAACGCGACAGAUCCUGAGUCGGACUCCGGGAGGGCCGGUGAAGACCCAGAAAAGAACUGGUUCAUGUGUGAAGCGGAUAUGGACAUGGCAGAAUUACAUAGAAACAUGUCAUCUUCAGCUCUGAAAACACACAUCGAGGUGUCGGUGGAGCUUCAGCUUAGUGAUACAGAGACCCUGAAUCUCACCUUGUAUGGCAGCAGCAAUCACAGCUCCUUACACCUCCGCCCACCUGAGGAGGAGGAAGAAGAGGAGGAAGAAGAGGAGAGGAGGGACGAUGAAGGGCAGAGGAGGGCGUUUUACUGCUGCCUCCCUGUCCCGCCCGCCGAGGAGCCGGCCAAUCAAAGACGCUGUCUCCUUUGGCUUGCCAAUCGAACAGUUUUGACUGCAACAGCGCAGGAAAAGCUGCCAUGGAAACGCACACAGAGAGAUGAGUGGUUCUGUGUGUUCAGGGCGCUCUGGCUAGUUCUGCUGUGUGUGGUGAUGCUGACUAUAGUCACAACCGUGCUCGGACAAAUCUAUUGGAGACGCUCAUGCAAAAAGCCCAGCAUGCACCGUCUUGGUUACGUUGUCACUGGCCAGCAGUUGAGCGAUGGUGAGAAGCCCACAGAGAUCAUUCUUCCCAAAGGGAUGAUCCUUCACUCUUAUGGAUCCCGACCUCGGCCAGGACUGUCUCCCAUUCAAGAAGUUGACACUCAAGAUGACAUAGAAACUCUGCUGGAUGGAAAUGUUGACCACUGCUAUACAGCAAAUCUGCAUCAUCGCAUCCAUCCCUCCACCUCCUCCCUCACAGAGGAGCAGACCUGCUGACAGAGGAGCACACAAAUGGACUUAAAAGUGCACUGGAUGAAAAUAAAAAUGACUGCUUCAGUUACAACUCGUCAUCCUCAGACAGUCUUUGGGCACUUUAUUAGAGGGGCUUCUUAAUAUAUUACUAAACUGUCCACACCUAAAUAACUGACUUACCUCCCAAAUAUUUAUCAUUAGGAACGAUUUUAUAUUCAAAGGCCUUACCCCAUCUGGAUUUAGCUGAAAGGAGCCGAAACAUUACGGCAGAGAGACAACUAUUUUUUUUGCUUAAUAUCUUUCUUGCCCGCAUCAAUGUACAGUAUCUCUAAAAGGGAAGGAGGAGGAGGCCGGGGAAGAAAGACCUGCUGGUUGGAAGCCAAGAGCCAAUUUAACACUGGAUAUGAAAUCACAGAUGUGCUGUGAGCACCUUGGGAUUGCUGCCGAGACUCAACAUGUGAUCGAAGAAAAGGGAGAAAAUAGUAAUGUGGAAAAUGAAUAAGAUAACAUACCUCUGGGGAGCAAGAAGAGGGUAAAUCUAUCAAAAACAGUAUUACAAGCCUUUAUUCAGGAGGGCAAGAGGAAAUAAAAUGUUUCGGCUCAAGCCUUCUUCAAGGUGUUGGGAUUAGGAUCUAACAACGGGCAUGACAUGCCAUUUUGUUAUCAAAGACAUAGUUCAACAUUCUGAGGAAUACAUUUUCCUUCUUGCCAAGAGUUCGAUAUGAACGUGGUCUUCUCCAAUAACUCUCGGCAAAAAAGCGAACAAGGAAAAUUUCCCAAAAAUGUUGAACUACUGUAUACUUGUUAAAUGUAGCAGCACAACAAAACAUAAUUAGAGAUGAAUUAACAUAUAUUACAUCUUCAAUGUAAACAAUAUAACAAGGUAAUAUUUUGCCAUAAAAAAAAAAUUGAAGAUCGUAUUUUUCUGACAAAUGAAACCAGAGACUGAAAUAAAUGGUAGUGUGUCUUUACAUAAUUUAACAUAAAAAAGAAGCACAAAUUGUAGUGUAUAAUCACACUGGCAUUUUGUCUCAAACCAGAUUAAAGUGUUUCAGCUAAACAACACAUUUCACUAGUGUUAAAAAAAACAAAAACAGAGGACCAUAAGGAGUGCAAAGAAAGCUCAAUAUACAUUAAUGUAGAGGGCCUUCAACACAGACAGUCACUUUUGGUUCAGCUUUGGGACACAAUGCAGAAACAUCUUUGUUUUGUUGGACAGAAUGAGUCACGAAGCAAAAUAACAAUCAGAGAUACACCGUGGAGGAGUCAUACAUACAACCUGCAUGUCG